GACAUAUUUUGAUUAAGAUUUACGAACCGAAAUUACGAGAUCAUUUUAGUUUAACUAAUUAAAAUAAAACAUUGACGAAAAGAUAACGCGUUAUCUACAUGAGAUAGGCAUCUCUGACGUUCAUCUGAUAUACAAAUAAUACUCCGUUCUGCUCUCACUGUAAUAUAAUCUCGAGAAAUAUCUUUUUGAACAUCAAGAUUGUAUAUCUUACUUUAAAAUUGCUCAACUACUUAGGGUAAAUUGAGCUAAGAUGCUGAUAACAAGACUGAACAGUUUGCGGCGGUUAUGCAAAGUGCCGUGGCGCGGGCUAGCGUCGGCUCCAGAAGGGCCGGUAGUGUUCAAGAAGCUAACUGGCGAGGACAGAGGCAUUGCGGUCUACGGGCUGCACGCCGGUGCCACGCGCAAUGCGCUCAGCAACGAUAUGGUGGACGCCAUGCGCGAGGUCAACCAGCUGUUGAGAGAGGACACUAAGAUUUCUGUGGUUAUACUGCACAGCUUGGUGCCUGGGAUUUUCUGCGCGGGUGCCAAUUUAAAAGAAAGGUUUAAAAUGUCAGAUGAAGAGGUGGCCAAAUUCGUCCGAAGGUUAAGAGAGACAUUCAUUGAAAUUGAGGACCUUCCGAUGCCAACAAUAGCAGCCAUUGAAGGAGUGGCUGUCGGAGGAGGCUUGGAGUUGGCCCUAGCUUGUGACAUCCGCGUGGCAGCGGAGACGGCAAAGCUGGGGCUGGUGGAGACAGGUCGGGGACUGAUACCCGGAGCUGGAGGCACACAGAGACUGCCCAGGGUCAUCCAUCCUAAUAUAGCUAAGGAGCUCAUCUAUACUUCCAGAAUAAUCAGUGGCAAUGAAGCCAAAACUCUAGGCAUUGCAAACCAUGUUGUGCCACAAAACAGCAAUAAGACUGCAGCUUACGAGAAGUCCUUAGAGCUGGCUCGCGAGAUAAUCCCCAACGCUCCCAUAGCCCUCCGCUGCGCCAAGCAAGCCAUCAACGAGGGUGUGCAGGGCAGCAUCAAAGAAGGGUAUGAGGUGGAACAGAAAUUCUAUGAGCAGAACAUUCCUUCCAAGGAUCGGAUUGAGGGCAUGGUGUCAUUCAUGGAGAAGAGGAAACCUGUAUACAAGGGACACUAAAGUCUACACUUUGGAUCCGAAUUAGGGUGUCCCCAAACCUAUCGACGCGGAAUCAGUUCUCGCCGACCGGGCCGACCGGAAAUCGCUCAUUAGUAUGACAUGCGUACGCUUGUGUUCAGCGACGACGACGCGAAGCGUCUUCUUCAUACUAGUUAGUUUUUAAUCCCCGACGCAAAAACGACGGGGUGUUAUAAGUUUGACGUGUCUGUCUGUCUGUGGCACCGUAGCUCCCGAACCGGUGACCCGAUUUCGAUUUAGUUUUUUCUUGUUUGAAAGCUGAGUUAGU